AUUCCGGUUACUUGUUUCUCUAUAGUACUUCCAAUAUUAAGCUGUUGAAAGCUUUGGCUGCUUUGUAUAUAUACCCUGAGAUGCAGCGAGCCGUUUUCUAUCAUUUUAUGCAACCAUAAAAACCCUCCAAGCAAACCUCCCCACACCCAAAAAAAUCUCAAUCAAACACAAGUCUCUCACAAUAGCAACCAUAGCGCAGCAGCUGAGUUGUUUAGCCAUGGCGGAUGAGUUCAAUACAGGAACAAACUGGUGGGAUUCAUCCAGGACUAAUACCCGGUUCGACGCGGCUGGCUCUUCUUCUUCAUCAUCCGGGCUAAAUAAUAGCUUGGGGAGCUUUGGAUGGGCAACUGAAAUGGUUGACAUCAAGGCAGCAAGGUCUUCCAUGGAUUCCGUCUCAUCAGUUUCAGGUAGUUCAGUUGUUUUUCAGGAUACCCCAAAGCUCCAAGGUGUACCUGAUCAUCCUCCUCCUGGUGAUUUACAUAUGAUGGGGUUAGGACUUUCUUCUCAAGCUAUGGAUUGGAACCAAGCUUUGCUCCGCGGGGAUAAGAGUGAGAGUAGUUUUCGUUCCAUGCUUCAAGAUAACUUGAAUUCCAGUGCAAACUAUCAACAAGAAACGGCUGGGAUGGGAUCCUCUCAAGUUCAGUGGAGAGACAAAAUGUUUUCUGGGGUUGGAGGGGAUGCUUCUGUCAAUGAAUUUAAGCAAAUCAGCAGAGGUUUUUCUCUCGAUCAAUCACAGUUUAGUCCCCAUGGAAGUUCCAGUGAUAGCACCGUGACUUGCCAGGGUUUGCCUUCCAGUUUUCAGAUGGAUUCAACAGCUUUGUAUGGGAGUCCUUCAACAAUUCUGCAAGGACUAUUGGGGUCAGAAAAUCAAGCACAGCAAUCUUCGUACGAGAACCGUUCAAUCAAUUAUCAAUAUGGAGCGGCAGCUGCAAGUUAUGGAAUGAACACCAACGAAUUGUUGCCUUCAUGGUCUAAAGUCCCUCAAUUCUUGAGAAGUUCACCUCCAAAACAACAUCUCCAUGGUCAGUUACAUUUCUCCAACAAUGCCCCUUUCUGGAAUCCAUCUGCAGCGGCUUCCAUGACUGAUGUUAGGCCUGGAUUUUUCCCAUCAUUGCAAACCCAAUUUCCAACAGGAAAUUUCGAUGAAAAACCAAAGCAGAAUAUAUCCGAAGGUCGGGACUCAAGCACUGUGGUGAAGAAAAGUGGGAACGAACCCGCAUCUAAAAGGCCUCGAAAUGAAACCCCAACACCUUUGCCAGCUUUUAAGGUGAGAAAAGAGAAGAUGGGGGACAGAAUUACUGCACUCCAACAAUUGGUUUCACCUUUCGGAAAAACUGAUACAGCCUCAGUGCUCUCUGAAGCCAUUGAAUACAUUAAAUUCCUCCAUGAACAAGUCAGUGUUUUAAGUACCCCAUACAUGAAAAGUGGAGCUGCCAUACAACAUCAGCAGAGUUCUGAGAAGUCCAAGGACCCUGAAGGGCCCAAACAGGAUCUUAGAAGCCGAGGGCUAUGCCUGGUGCCGGUCUCCAGCACUUUUCCGGUGACACAUGAGUCGACUGUGGAUUUCUGGACGCCAACAUUCGGAGGAACAUUCAGGUAGAAAAGGAAGGAUGGAAAUGGAACAGGUUCUCUGCAACUAGUGUAUAUUCUUAUCAGGAAAACCCUAGACAAGUUGGGGUUGAUAAGGAUCAAACUGAAAGGAACAGAGAAAAAGAAAGCAGCCCACAUUUGAGUGUCUAGUCCAGGAUGGAAAAAGAAUGCAGAAGAAAUGUGAAGAAUGAAAUGGGAAGAGAAAGGGAAAGAAAAGGAAAUGAAUCUUCAAAGAAGAGGCCAAGAGGGGCAUCAGCUUAAGGCCAACAACAAGCAAAAUGAUGCAGGGAUUUGGGCACUGUAGGGGACCAUUGGGAAACAUAUUAAUUUUGUUUGUAAUAAUUGAGGAAUUAUUAUGAUUAGGGGGGUUGGUUAGGAAUAUUGAAAAUAUUUGAGAAUUAAAGAAACAGCUGCUGAUUAUAGGAAAAGUUAAUUUCAAGAUUAAUUUUAGAUCAAAAGAAAAGAAAAAUUUGUUGUCAAACUAAUAGCUGAUGAUCAGAGGUUAGCAGAAGAAGAAGAAAAAGAAGCUUUUGUUUUCUUCUGUUGCCAGUAUUGUGAAUAGAGCUGGCACCACCUAUAAUUCACGAGGAAAAAAAAAAAGAAGAAGAAAAUUGAAAGAAUAAUUGAAUUCUUGAAUUGAUGAGAAAGGAAGUGAAUGUGGGGGGAUAUGUCAUUUGAUUGGAAAUCUCACUUUUGAUUAUGUUAUUUGUUUGGAAUAUGUUAGUGGAAGUCAGAGGGUGACCCACCUCAGCUCCU